GGCCUAAUUUUUCAGUCCUGCUUAAACCUUCUCGAUGCGGCAAUUGCCAAUUUUUUUCACCUAGGCAAAACUUCGCUCGCGGAUGCGUUGCUUGCUACAAAUGGCAUCAUUUCCUUUCGCCAAGCAGGAAAGCUGCGAUUCAUGGACAGCACUGAAGCAGAACAAUUACGUGGCAUUACAAUGAAAUCAAGCGCAGUUUCCCUCUUUUACAACCCUUCAAUUAAAUUAACUCGACAAGUGUCCCCUCAGUUAGCCGUCGAUGAUCCUGAUUCUUAUCUUGUUAAUCUUAUCGACUCUCCAGGGCAUGUGGACUUCUCUUCGGAUGUUUCAACUGCUGUUCGUCUCUGUGACAGCGCCAUCAUCGUUGUAGACGUUGUCGAGGGUGUCUGUCCACAGACACGGGCUGUCCUCCGACAAGCCUGGAAUGAGCGUCUCACACUUAUUCUCGUUUUGAACAAAAUUGAUCGCCUCUUUAUUCAGCUUGGUCUCACGCCUAUUCAGAUGUACGAUCGGAUUCUACGAGUUCUGGAACAGAUCAACUCGAUUUUGGCUGAAAUGUUUACUGCGGAUGUGCUGCAGCAAUCUUAUAAAAACAGAAAUGGAGUAUGUGCCGUCUGGUUUCGCUUCGUGACAACGGCGGACCAAUCGACAGGAACUGCCUAUGCCUGGAGCACGGGUUUGGAGACGACAGACGAUUCCCAUGUCUACUUUUCUCCAGAUCGAGCUAAUGUCGUGUUUACUUCUGCGGUAGAUGGAUGGGGUUUCCGAAUUUCCGAUUUCGCCGAGGUGUGGGCUGAGCGCCUAAAAUUACCCAAGAAGGGCUUACUGAAGGCAUUAUGGGGGGAUUAUUACUUUAUCCCUUCCUCCAAUGGCGGACCACCCAAAGUCAAGGGACAUGCCAGAGCAAAGGAUAAGAAACCUGUCUUCGUCCAACUUAUUGCUGAUCAGAUCUAUCACAUCUACAAGACACUUGUUCUGGAUGGAAACCGCGACAGAGCAGUUCACAUUGCUGAACGUCUGGGCAUACCGCUGGAGCCGCGUUUGCUUCAGCUAAACGUUGACAGCCGAACUUUAUUGCGCUCAAUUCUUAGUACUUGGCUUCCCCUCGGGCCGGCCAUGUUUCGUGCAAUAGUUGAUGUCUGUCCUAGCCCUCUGAAUGCUGUCGAUCAGGUUCGGGCCCGAUUAAUGCUGUUUGGAGAAUCCUGUAGGGUUGGAGGCGGUGGUGGUCUAGUACAAUCCAUUUUGCAAGAAGUUGAGUUGGAAAAUGGCUUGAAUUCAACAGAAGAGAAGGAUAACCGUGAUCCGUCUGCGUUUCCAGCCAUUACCGGCAAGUUACUAAGCGAUCUUUACUUAAUAUGCCCGUUUUCAGCGCUGGAAGCCUGUAGUUCAGAUGCUGACGCCCCCGUGAUCAUCUUCGUUUCGAAGAUAUUUUGGACGGAUAAACAAAAAAAUCCCUUUCACAGCGUCGUAUUAUCCAGAGAUACUCCAAAAUCUUUAUCUGUGACCAAAUCAGUGUCCUUUGCUGCAAACAGGACGAGUCUCAAUUCCACUUCUGAUAGCAAGGCUGUUCCAAUAGAAGCAGCCCCAGUGAGGCCCGAUGUCGAUAGCGAGUUUAUCGCGCUUUCGAGAAUCUAUAGUGGUCGAGUGAAAAUCGGGCAGCGACUUUUUGUCCUUGGACCAAAAUUCGACGGAAGCUGUAUUCCAGAAUGUCUUUUGGAUGCAGAACCCUCCGAAUUUCCCCUUGGCCCACUUCAAAUACCCGAAGCAGAUGAAGUUAUUCCAUCUAUUCAUAGUCGUCGAAGAUCCACAUCAACAAGUUCAUCCACCAAUCAGGGUCAUUCAUUAUCCGGUGGUUCUUUUGAUGGUUCACACUGUGAAAAGCGUGUUCUUCGCCACGCCUAUGUGGCCGAAAUCGCUGACCUAAUCCAGUUUGGCGGUGGGCAGAACAAUGUCUCUCGUCUCAGUGAUCCUGUGUGUCCGAUCGAUUCACUCACUGCGGGCAAUGUGGUUGGUCUCAUCGGCCCAUCAUUAAUAACCAGUGUACCUAAGUCCGGACUUCUGGUCUCUAGCCUACGUUUAGUUGCAAGUCCCACAGCACAUCGCGUUCUCCCACUAGCUGGUCUUGCAAUUUGGCAUGGUGCUCCUGUCGUAUCUCUUGCCAUCGAACCUGCGAGUGCCUCAGAUCCUAACGACAUGGUGAGACUUGAAACUGGACUCCGUCUUCUGGAAAGAUCUGAUCCUUGUGCUGAAGUCACUAUUUCAUCAAAGGGCGAGUACCUUCUGCAUGCUGCCGGGGAAAUCCACAUGCAAAAAUGCAUUGAGGAUUUGACUAAGUACUUUGCACCAGAUCUAGAUUUGCAUACAUCACCGUUUGUUGUCCCAUUCCGAGAAACUGUGACUGAGGCUUGCCCGCCUGGUUCGUAUGUCCCAUUCGAUUCACUUGCAUUUGCUAAAACCUGCCUGGAACAAGAGCUCAGGGAAAAACACCUAGUGUACGACGAAGAGCGGGAAAAUUGUGUGCGUCUGUGCCUCGGUGAAGAAGGACGGUUGCAGCAAAGUCGCCAACCCACCUCGGCAAACGUAAAAGCUCACGGCACGACUGACCCAACACGCUACCUGCCAUUGGGCAUGCUCCAACUGCCUCACAGCAAGUCAAAGACUCGUGUCUUUAUUCGCGUCACCGCCCACCCAAUCCCAAAGAACCUACUCGCGUGGCUCGAGACUCGUGCUUUUGCCUAUAUGCCCCUCCUUCUACGUUCAUUCAAGCACAAGUCAUCUUCAUCACGCCGCUCUUUGGCCUGCCUGAAAAAGUUUGAGGAAGAAUUAUCUGCCCAAUUAGAUGAAGUGCCCCCAGAGGCUUGCUCUUCCCUUAACUGGCCUUCUCUCAAAGGUCGACUCCUGUGUCUUGGACCGCAACAGGUAGGACCAAAUCUUCUCUUUUCUCGUCUUCGAUCGGGCCUGUUUCGUUUGGAUACAGCCUGGGGUAAACCAUUACCCCCUUGGUCGGACUCAACUGGAGAGGCCUUUGCAGAAUCUGGGGUGAGUGUCGAAGCGACAGCCCAAAUCCCUUUCCUGAGCUAUGGGAAGGCCAUACUGCGCGGCUUUCAGGUGGCGACGGAACAAGGACCGCUGUGCGCUGAGCCUCUACGUGGUGUAGCCUUCGUCCUAGAGGAAAUAUUUGCUGAGGAUCGUAUGCAGUUACCCACCCCCAGAAUUCUCACUCCAAAUGAUCUCCUCGAGAAACCUGAGGAUUCAAGCCGUGGCUUAGUGGACACAGAACCUGUGGCAGAUGGGCUUAAUGUACACGAGAAUCCAGAUGUCAAAGUGGAUGAAGACGAACCUACAGAAGCCGAUCCAGUUCUUGCAGCAUUGAAAGCGAAACGGGCCGCCAUCCAGAUGCGCCAAAAGGCUCACCAUCUUGCCUCUUUUUCGCGGUUGAAUGGGGAUGAUUUUGUUGAUGAUGAUAGUGACGAUGACGACAAUGUCGAUAGCGAGUGGAGUGAAACUAGUGACGAAGCAUGGCAUAGCGACAAUACCAAUGCCGAUUCUAAUAAUCAAUCAGAAGACCCUAAUCCCAGAGAUUCAGAGGAACAUGUAGUCGAACCUGAAGUUUUUCAUUUUUUGAACCAAAUUUCGUUGCAGAAGAGGAUAUCCCUUUCCGAUUACUAUUACUGGCAACGCAGGCAUGAUAAUGAGUGGCUCUCCGAUGUCACCCCUGGGUUAUUAACGCCAGCCAUGGCGAGAGCUUGCACCUCCGCCUUUCAAGCCUGUCCCGGUCAGCGGCUUGUCCUUUCGAUGUACGACAUCGAGCUUCAGUGUCGCGGUGAUGUGUUAGGCCGGAUGUACGCUGUCCUACGGAAGCGCUACGGCUGUGUAACCAGCGAAGAGAUGCGUGAGGGAGAAGAAUGUUUUAUAAUCCAUGCCCGCCUUCCGGUGAUUGAAAGCUUCGAUCUAACAAACGAGAUUCGUAAACGCACGUCUGGUCUUGCAAGUCUUCCACAAUUACGUCCUGGUGGAUGGGAGGUUCUCGAUAUUGACCCUUUCCAGCACGAUGCCAGUGGUCAGAUAUCAGCUCUUAACGAGACCCACGUGAAGAUCUGGCAGCGCCAGCAGGAGAUUAUCAAACGACAACGGACAACCGACAGAGAGAUCAGCUUGGCGACCUCUGCAGUUGGGAGGGAUGGUGCGUCUUUAUCAGACAGUGAUCAAGACGAAGAAUUAAUACAGGACGAUGUAAACAACCAACUCAAUCGUCUGAGAACGUACAUUCGUGAUGUUCGCAAAAGGAAAGGUUUAGAUCUACACGAACAACUCGUAACUUCUGCUGACAAACAGAGGACAUUAAAAAAGAAUAAGUAA